GAAAUUUUGCAGAUCUGUAGAGUCAAAAGAUGGCCACGAUGAAGUGUCUUACUCGAGCGGGUCUCUUAGUCUCACGCGGCCGGUUACUGUCAACUUUGUGCUGUAGAAAUAUAGGAAAAACAUAUCCAAAGACCACUAGUCAUAUUUUUAGUCAAAAUCUAUUCAAGAAUCUUCAAAAAUUUAAUUCCAGACAAUUCCAACCUAGCCUGAGCUUGUCGACAGAUACCAGUUCUCAGAAACCCACAAAGAAGAAACCUAGAACUGUAAAGGUAACCUUUGUGGACAGGGAUGGCGACGAGAUUACUGUAGAUGCCAAGAUUGGCGACACAUUGCUUGAAGUUGCUAAGGAAUAUGAUGUCGAUUUAGAAGGUGCAUGUGAGGGUACUCUCUCCUGCUCCACUUGUCACUUGAUAGUUGAUAAAAAUUGGUACGAAAAGAUACCAGACUUCCUUACAGAGGAAGAACAAGACAUGUUGGAUCUUGCCUUUGGAUUGACUGACACGUCACGAUUAGGCUGUCAAAUAGUUGUGAGUGAUGCUAUAGAUGGAAUAAGACUAAAGGUGCCCACAGAGACAAGAGAUAUCCGUAACUUAUAAUGUCUGUCGAGAAAUGUUAUUAUUUCAUAUGCUAAUGCUAAACAAUCAAUGUAGUAGUUAUUAUAACUUUCAUGAUGUUGUUUAUGUGAAUUUUUUUAAAUAAUAAAGAA